ACAGCAGCCCACCGUGGGGGUCUCUGCCCAGCGCUGAGAGCACGAAGAAUGGCUCCCAGUACCACCCUCAUGAUCCACAUGGAGGAGAAACUGCUGCCAAAAGAAAAGAAUAAACUGAGGAAGCCGGUGGUGGAGAAAAUGCGCCGCGACCGGAUUAACAGCAGCAUCGAGCAGCUGAAACUGCUCCUGGAGAAGGAGUUCCAGAGGCACCAGCCCAACUCCAAGCUGGAGAAAGCCGACAUCCUGGAAGUGGCUGUCAGCUACCUGAAGCAGCAGAGCCAGCUGCAGGGCCAAGCGUUCAUUCACAAGAGCCUAGAGCAGGACUUUAACAGUGGAUACCUGCGGUGCCUCAAGGAAGCUAUGCAUUUUCUGUCUUACUACGAACCCAAGAAGGAAACCCAGGUGCAGCUACUCAAGCAUUUCUGCAAGGCUCAGCUGGGUGCAGAUGUCCUGUACUCGCUGGCUCUGCGUAGUCCACCUCUGUCACCCUGUCUGUUAGCCAGGAAGCAACCUGCCCAGAAGACCACAGCUGCUGCUCCUACCAUCUGGAGACCCUGGUAG